CUGCUGUGCCUCAUUGGGGAGAUGUUUGACGAGUACAGCAAUGAGGUGUGCGGGGCCGUCAUCAACAUCCGUGCCAAGGGGGACAAGAUUGCCAUCUGGACCCGGGAAGCGGAGAACCGGGAAGGUGUCACCCACAUCGGGCGCGUCUACAAGGAGCACCUGGGCCUGUCGCAGAAGGUGGCCAUCGGGUACCAGGCCCACGCAGACACGGCCACCAAGAGCGGCUCCCUCACCAAGACCAAGUUUGUGGUGUGA